GGCAGUGAGCUAAACACCUAUGGCUGAGCAGAGCAGGUUAGCAGGGGGACACAGAGACGAACAGGUUAGUGGGGAACGUAGCCAGCUGACCAAAGACAGGUUAUGUUUGGGUUAAUUUUUAGCCUUAGGACGGCCAGCUCAUGGCCCUGUAGCCGUUUGCCCCGGCUGAACACCUUAACAGGACCUCUGCUCUCCAGGAGCCACUCGUCUAAAAUGUCGUCAGACUCCCACUGGCUCUCCCCUGCAGACCGGGACCAGCUAGUGAUGGAGCUCAGGGCCACCGGAUGGAUGGAGGUGGAGGAUCGUGAUGCUAUCUUCAAGGAGCUGCACUUUAAAACCUUUAAUCAGGAGCGGCGGGACACCAAUGCGGGUGAUGAUGGGGCUGGCGGGGGUAAUCAUCGGGUAGUCGUGGCGGUGUGUAAUGGAGGAAAACGGGCUUGUCUUCAUGAGUUUGCGUAUUCUGGCGAGGCUUUUGGAUUCAUGUCACGAGUGGCUCUGCAGGCGGAGAAGAUGAACCAUCACCCAGAGUGGUUUAAUGUUUAUAAUAAGGUACAGAUUACACUGACUACCCACGACUGUGGAGGACUGUCUAAAAGAGACAUCAAAAUGGCCAAGUUCAUUGACAAAAUUGCACUUUCAAUGUAAAAUGUUCUUUUUAACCUGAAACUUAAACCCGUCUUUUCCAUCCAUCAUGUUAGAUUUAUCAAACAAAUGUCACAUGUCCACAAUCUGCAACUGUUUGUGUCUUCGAGUCAGCUUACAUACUAUGACUUUAUUUUUUAAAGCUUUCUUUCGACAAGAUUUCUAUAAGAAAAAAAAAAGUAAAUUAAUAAAAAUGAAUAAAACUUUGAUUUAAUUUCUCUGUUGCCUCUUCACUGAUGGUGUGUGACUUCAGUUAUUUCUAAAAGACAAGUUUCAAUUAAUUGUGUUGCUGUAUUUCUCCCAUUUUUAUUUUAACAGGGGGCAUUAAAAAAUUAUUGAAGUACUUCCCAGUGCUCUGUCCAGUACAUGCCAGUGAUCUGGAGGAUACUUUUUUCUGGAGUAAGUCCUGCACCCGGACACAUGUUCCCAUUUUGGCUCUGUAGAGUGAAGCAAACAAUGAAAGAGGUCAAAGUCAGUAGAAGGGGGAUUUACCUGAUUUACAAUUUGUUAUGGCCUGAGUCAGAUAAAGCUCCUGUGUUUUCCUGACUGGAUUGCCAUUGGAAAAAGAUCAGCGAGUAAAAUGAGUGGAAAAUGGCAAAUGUUACAUCAGGAGUAAUACUGGGUUACAAACAGCCGUACACUUUUCCUUUGAGUGUAAGUUAAUGCAUCAUGUCCACAAUUGUGAUAAAUUGUCUUUCCUUUUUACAUUAUUGUAUGAGAAGGCGCCUAAAGUCACAUUUCUGUUCACUAUCUCUGCAUUUCUAAAUAAAAAAGCCCUUUUCAAGUCACGUUUCAGCAUUUCAGUUGGUCGAUAGCGA